CUGAGGUACACACCUCCAAAACAAAAGGUCAAGGACUGCAUGUAUAGGUCUGAAGAAACCCUAAUUUGUGAAUUAAACACUGUGAUUGAAAGAUCUAUUUUCCAGGCUUUCAGAUGACUAACACAUCUACGAGAAUCAACCUUGAUGAGCCAAGAUAUGACCAAAGUACUUUCAGUGGUCGGGCCAAGCAUUUCGUUAUCACUACAAAUCCAUUCAAUAUUUUUGCAACUAGUAAGCAGCUAGAUGAAGCUAAAUCCAUUGUGGAAAGAUACAGGGCUGGUGAGGAAUUGCAAGGCAUGUCAGAGGAUGCAAUUUGGGCAGCGAAGAACCUGUAUGACUCCGCCUUCCACCCGGACACGAAGGAAAAGAUGUUUAUACUGGGAAGAAUGUCUGCACAGGUUCCUUGUAACAUGUCAAUCACCGGCUGUAUGCUCACAUUCUUUAGGACUACAAAGGAGGUGGUUUUCUGGCAGUGGUUUAACCAGACAUUCAAUGCCAUUGUGAACUACACCAACCGCAGUGGAGAAACCCCGCUGCCUAACAGUCAGCUUGCCCUGUCCUAUACGCUGGCCACUGGAGGUGCGGUGGGCACGGCUCUCACCAUCAACAAACUGGUCAAAAGGUUCCCGCCCAUUGUAGCAAGGUUUGUUCCGUUCACUGCGGUGGCAGCUGCCAACUGUAUCAACAUACCUUGUAUGAGAAGCAGGGAGUUGAUUGACGGAAUCCCGGUGUUUGAUGCCAAUGGUAACAGAAUUGGUGACUCAAAGCGUGCAGCAGAGUCCGCCAUUGCACAGGUCAUGUUCUCCCGAAUCCUUAUGGCUACCCCGGGCAUGGUGAUCCCUCCUGUGAUAAUGCAGCAUUUAGAAACUAAGAAGUUUAUGAAGGCCAGACCAUGGUUGAAUGCCCCUCUACAAGUGUCACUUGUAGGAUUUGUUCUGAUAUUUGCCACACCACUUUGCUGUGCAUUAUUUCCACAGAAAAGCUCCCUGUCGGUCAGUAAGUUGGAACAUGAUCUGCAGGAGAAAGUCAAGACUCUGCCUCACUCAGUGGACCGCGUUUACUUCAACAAAGGCUUAUAAUGAUCUUGGUUUUCUAGGAGCUUGAUCUGCAUUUCAUCAUUGCCAGUUGUUUCAGGGUUUUUGGCUUGAUGACAUUGUGAUUAUGGUCUUUAUAAAUCAAGAUAAUACUUACUUACAAUCUGACAGAAUGGACCUUUGAUGACUGCAUGGACACUUUUUAAUAAAGAAUUAUUUAGAUAUCUAAAUGCAUUGAGAAAGAUUUUGUUCACGUCCAUGUUAUUAUGUUGCUUAGGAAACUGUCAUAUUUUAGAGUCUGAACAGACCUUAAAUCAUAUUAAAAGUGAUCAAACUUUUAUUAAAGAUGCAAUCUUACUCCCAAAUAAGAUUUACCACAAUUAAUAGUAUUGAUUUAAUAUUCCAAAAAAAGAUGAAUAAAUGUUGAAAACAAUGGUUCUUAUAAAGGAUACCACUUUUAAUUUGAGAGAAAUGAGCAUAAAACACGGUAUUUCUACCUAUGAAACUAUAGUAGACCACAGUAAAUCUCUUAGCAUUCACCAAUCAUUUUAACACUUUCUGCUAUUAAAUACAUGGUUACAAUCUUGUUAUCAGUAAUUAAUUUUUUCCAUAAAAAUUAAAUGCAUUAUUCAGUAAGUAGUUAAAGGCUUAUCUGUCAAAAUUGAUGUUUGUUAUACAUAUCUAUGUAUUGAUUUUGAAUAAGAGUGUCACUUUAAGUAUUUGAGUUUGCAGUGGACACAUGUUAAAAUAUGCUAGUCAUAAAAGGUGUAUGUACAUUUUUUCUAUUUUAUUGUACACCGCUGUUUUGUGUCUCAGCCAUCCAGAUAUACAUUUUCAGCUUGUCUGUAGUUGAUUUUACGAAAAAUGUUUAAGUAUUGUCAUAGCCUUAGUGAUAUUGAUGCGCAAAAUCUAACAUAUUCCAUUAAUUCAAGAUAUCCACAUGAAACUUAUGGCAAUACACAUGUUGGGAGCCUUUACAAUACACAUACAUGUACUGCUAUAUGUAGCAAGGCCCAUAAUUUCUGCUUUGAAAGUUGUCGAGUUAUUCCCCUUUGCUGAGAUGAACAGUUCAGUGUUGAAAACCUAUUACUCUUCUCUUGUUAAGUAUGUGUAAGUUAAUUUUGUAGUAGUCAUGAAAGAACGGGCUGGAGCCUUAAGCUUAAAGAGAUCAAAGUUAGAACUGUGUCUUGUUAUGAGACGUUUUUAGCUUGUUGUUUUUUCCAGAGAUAAUAUGCCCAUGAAGCAAAGCCCUCAGCUCUGGCUUUAAUCAUUCUUAAAUUGUGUUUGUUAAAACAGACAAGUGUUGGCCCCCGCUCUGCAGUGCUAUUGUUUUUGAAUUUGCCUAUGAAUUUGUUUCAUACAUACAAUUCAGAUUAAUUGUUUGUUUCAUACAUACAAUUCAGAUUAAUUGUUUGUUUCAUACAUACAAUUCAGAUUAAUUGAUAAUGUUCCAUUUAUUUUUUUCUUCCAGUAAUAUCUGUGAGCAAUUUUGCUUCAAUGUAGAAUGGACAUGCAGCACUGGCAGUGCACCAAUUAUGAAUCAAUUAUCUUUGAAGGUUUUCACUAACAAUUAUAAAUUUUUUUUAAAUUGAAUAUUCUUUUAAAGAGGUAUUAAAUUUUGUAAUGAAACAUUUAAUUAUAAACUUAGAAGAGGCUCUUAUUUUAUUUCUGAUUUAUACGGUGAAAGGUUUUUACAUACUAUACCAGUAAUGUAUACAUUGUAUUGGGAGCAAUACUUUAUGUACCGGUAAGCACAUUUCAUUCCGUUCUCUUGUUUUAAAAAUAAUUUGCAAAAAUUAUUUAAAUUUGACCAUGUUUGAUGUAUGGUGGGGCUGCAGUAGGUGUGUUCUGUGUUUCUCAUUUACCUUUUGUCUUUUGAUUAGACCAAUAAGGUAAGAAUGCCACAGUUCAAUACAAUCUACACUUUAUAUUCUUCAAGAUGGUAUAAUCAGACUAAUGUAAUCAUAUUCAAGGUACUGGCCAUUGUUUGUGAUGGCAUUUUAUAUUAUAUAUAAAAACUGUGACAAGUAGAUAUUGGUCUUAUAAAAUAAAUGACGUAAGCCAAAAAAUAUGAUGCUAUGUAGUUAGUGUAACAUAUUUAGAACACACUAAGAGGCUGUUAUAUUAUUAUAUUGAACCCAAUGAUUCAAAAUGGAAAGCAAGAUACCAAGGUUACAUAUAACCAAAUGUAUGACAGCUUGUGACAACAAAAAGAAUGAAAAUCUUUGCCAAUGGGGUGAAGAGGAUGAAGGUCAAGUAUAUGAUCAAGGUUAUGUAUGGAGUGAAAUGGGUUGAAGGUCAAAUAUAUCUGAUUAAGGUUAUUUAUGGGGUGAAAUAGGUUGCAGGUCAAGUGUAUGAUCAAGGUCAUUUAUGGAGUGAACUGGGUUAAAGGCCAACUAUACAAUCAAGGUCAUUUAUGGAGUGAAAUGGGUUAAAGGUCAACUAUACAAUCAAGGAUAUUUAUGGGGUGAAAUGGGUUAAAGGUCAACUAUCAAGGUUAUUUAUGGAGUUAAAUGGGAAGAAUAUAUGAUCAAGGUUAUUUAUGCUUAUUUUUAUGUAAAACAUGCAUGGACUAUUUCAAAGAUUAACUAUAAGACCUAUUUUUACUUAUCACAGAUCAUAUAAUGUGCAUUGUUGGUGACUAUGUAUACAAGUGUGAUGUGACCAAAUAGAAGUUGUUUAUGACUUUAUUAUUAAAAGUUGUUUGAUAUUAUUUUGAAUAGCAUAAUUUUUGUGAUCUGAUUCAUUGGGUACAGUGAAAUUCUAAUGAUUGUGCAUUAUAACAGAAAUUCAGCUUUUUAAAUGGUUGUCAACAUAGUAAAACAAUGAAAGCUACACAGCGUAAUUUUUCUGUUAAUAAUCACAGACAUUUGAUUCAUUUUACGUGUCUGUCUAAAAUGUAAAGUUGCAUAAUUUUAUAUAACAUAAAGCCUAUAUUAUAUAAAUUAUGUUAUAUAUUAUAUGCAUUCUAUGGCAUCAUUUGUGGUGUUUAUCUUACAUGUCCCCACAAUAAUAUUCUAUCACAUUUUGACAAUGAGUCAAGAUGUCUGUGUUAAUAAUAUACACAGCAUAAUAAGCAGCACCACGAUCAUGAAUAUGUUGUUGUUACUUGAACAAAUAAAUCUGGACUAACAUA